UAGAGUUUGGAAAUUGGUUUUCACGAAUAGUGAAGAGAAGGCAAUGUUCGAGAUAGAUUCAGUCGAGCUAUUGUCAAAUUAUGAUAUAUUUGUAUAAGAAGUGAUAAAGUUUAGUGGAGUUACAAGAGAAGUUUAUAAUAUAUUAUAUAUGUGCGACAUUUGAAGAGAAAUAAGAAUUUUACUUUGUAAAUAUAAUUUAUAUACACAUUUAUUAACAUUUUUAAAUAUACAAAAAAGCAAUAAUGGAAAGAGAAGAAGUAAUAAAAAAUGUACGUGCAUGUCUCAUAUCUUCAAAAGGUGGAGUCAAGAUGGACGAUCUAAAUAAAGAUUAUAGAUUGCUCAUUGAUGAAAAUAUACCAUUUCGAAAGUUAGGGUAUCAAUCUUUGGUUGCCUUUUUACGUACUGUCCCUAGUGUUAAAAUUACUGAGAAAGGAAAAGAUUGUUUUGUGGAGGCUGUACCUACUGGAGAAUCUGCACAUAUUACAAAGUUAAUUGCUCGACAAAAGACAGCAACUAAAAAAUAUAAUAAAAUGGUAAAUACCAAAAGACCAACGCCAUUUCGUAAGCCUAUGAUGACAAGAAAUUUUGGCAAUAUAAGAAGUUUUAAUAAUAAUUUAUAUUCACAAAUGAGUGGAAAACAAAAUAUGUAUUUUCCUGCAAUGUCAACCAAAAUUACUAUUCAUCAAAAUAGUGAGAAACCCAGAUAUAUACAAUCUAAUUGUGGUAUACCACCAAGUUCUCCUAGUAAAAGACUGAAAGAUAGACAAGUGAAUUCUGUUUUAUCAACAAACCAAAGUAUUAACAAGUCUAAAGAUGAGACACAAAUAAAGAACAAUCUAAGGACAGUAACAUCUGUGAUAAGUCAACAUUCAAAGAAUGCUAAUAUCAAUGUGGAAAUGCUUCCUAAAAAAAUUUCAAGUCCAAACGACAGACUUAAAGUAAAUCCUAUUCCUUCAUUGAUGGAUAUACGCACCAACAUUUCAACACUGCCUCAAUCACCUGAAGUGUUGUCACCUUUCUCACCUGGACAAGUUUUAGCAGAUGGUAAAAUGAAACUUCAACAAUCAACAAAAUUACCUGCGGCAUUAGGUAAUACUAGAAAAAUUGUGCCAAAAUUACAACCUACUGAUCCAAGAGAAGAAUUGAAACGAAGAGCUAGUGUACUAAAUCUUGCAGAACCUGUGUAUCAAAUCUGUCCUACAACAAUUAAAAAUACUAAAGAACCGGCUGUGUUUGCACAAGUUAAGAUUGGUCCUCACGGAUAUUCAAGUUAUCCGGAACAAGCACAUACUGAGGACGAGGCACAAAAGCUUGCGGCGAAAUUUGCCUUGCUUGAUCUAACCGAAAAAUAUGGUUCAUCUUCCUGUUUUAACGAAACUAAAGACAAAAGCAUAAUAAAAGAACGAGUUUUGUCCAUAAUAGAUGCUCAUCCAAAUGGUAUCUUUAUGCACCAGAUACCCAUGUAUUAUAAACAACAGUACGAGGAAAUUUUACCUGGAAACUGGGAAAAAGUUAUUGAGACAAGCUCAGAAAUUGUUUUAGAAAAGGGUGUAGAUAAUUCGGUAAUUCUACGUCGGUUUACCUCGUCGGAUUUACGUGAAAAGAUACGAAAUACAACAUCAUUAAAGACAGAUAAAAUACUACUGCAUCCAAUUGGUCCUGUUGCACCUGGACAAUUGCAAUUACCAGAAGAAGAAUUUUGGAUUGUGUCUGUUACAUACGUUAUAAGUACUGUUGAAAUAUGGGCUAGAAUUGUAGGAGAUGCAUAUAGUGAUGAAUUUGACAUUAUGACCACCGAAAUGAGUAAACAUUACAGUAAUAUUCAACAAUCUCUAAAAGCACCACUUAUUGAAAUUGGAAAUUACUAUGUUGUGUUUGAAGACGAAUCAUGGCACAGAGUUCGUUGUGUAGAUUUUAAUAUCACAACUGGAAUGGUUACAGUUUCAUUUAUCGAUUAUGGUGAUGAAGAUAUUUACCAUUAUAGUAGAUUACAAAUAUUGGAUAAAAAGUUUUGUGUGCUUCCUGCUCAGGCAUUAAGGCUGUGUCUUUAUGGUUUGGAAGAUUUCAAUGACUGUGAUAGCACUGUGAUAGCAAUUGAAAAAUGUCUGCUUGACCGUGCUUUAUAUGUUGAAGUACGAAAUCGCAAGAAAGAUCAGAAUGAUCUCUCUGCGACAGUUGUGUUUUAUGAUACGCAUGGACCAGAUGACAUUAAUUUAAAUUUAGAAUUGUUUAAACAAAUCUCACAAAACGUAUUAGUUGCUCCCAAAUUAGAUGUGGAGGGACAAGUAUCAGAAGUAUUUAUUUCUCAUGUAGAACAAAAUGGUGAUGUUUAUGUACAAGUGCAGUCUGAAAGUAUGAAACUUUUGGUUAAUUUAUUAAAUCGAUUAAUAUGUACUGGACUAAACACAGAAGAUCUAGAGAGUUGCAUCGUAACCACAGUUGAUUCUAGUAAAACAUACUUUGUGUCAGUAAAUAAUAAUUGGUACAGGGGGAAAAUCGUAAGUGACAGCUUUUACAAUCAAUUAAGAGCAUUUUUAAUUGAUUUUGGUAAGACUGUCACUGUAACAAAAAGCAAUCUUCUUUCUUUAGAAACAUUAUCUCAAGUUUUAGCAAAUUAUCCUCCUCAGGCAUUGAAGGUACAUCUUCAUAACAUUGAUAAAUCAAUGUUCAAUGAAAAGAUGGUUGCGAAACUUGUAGAACUUGCACCAAAAGGUGAACCACUUAUUGUAAAAGUUGUAUCAUCUAUAAAGGGGACUCCAGUUGUGGAAUUAUUUAAACGAAUUCAACCAAGUAAUAUGCUUGUUUCUGUCAAUAACACCUUAGCUCUUGAAGAGGAAAUUACGAAAACACAUGGGGAUGGUAACAAUAAUAUAAAACCAAGGAAACGCAUCGAACGUAUGAAUUCUAAAUUCGCAGGAAGUGAAGAUGAUGACGUUGUAAAGUCUUUAAAACCACCAAAAAUUUCAGGCAUUGGCGAAUAUUUUGAUGUUCAUGUAACAAUGGCUGCCCAUCCCGGAAAUUUUACUGUUCAACCAUUUGACGAUAAACGUUCAUUAGAGUUAAUGAUGAUUCAAUUACAAGAAGCUUGUCAAGUAUACAAAGGUCCAACUCCAACUCCAGAAUCAGUAAAAGAAGGCAAACUUUAUGCAGCUCAACACAUUGACAGUCACUGGUAUAGGGUAUGCAUUUCAAGUAUCAUUAAAGAAAAUAUGGUUAGCGUUUACUUCUGCGAUUUCGGAGAUGUAUCAGUACUACCAUUAAAUAAAUUACAACCUUUGAAAAGUGAAUUCUUAGAACUACCGUAUCAAGCUAUUAAAGCAAGACUUGCUGGUAUACGACCGAUUAACGUUGACUGGUCUGUUGAAGAUAGUUUAAGGUUUCAAGAAUUAGUCGUGGAUAAAAAUUUUGUAUCAAUAGUUUACGAAUCUAAGUCUGAUGGAUUUUCCCCGGCCGAUACUAUAUUGGGUUUAAAAUUAAUAGAUGUUAAUACAGCUGAAGAUAUUUACAUCGAUCAACUUUUAAUUGAGGAAGGUCGAGCUACAUUAAAUGAUUAAAGCGAUAUAUACUUGGAUACAGUUGAUAUAAAAUAGGAGUAUCAUAGUGAACACUAAUGGUUAAAUUAGUUUUGACAAUUUCGGCAUGGAAUACAUGUAUUUGUUUCCUACGUAAAUGCUAAGUGAUAUCUUUGUACAGUUUUACUGUUUUACGCUCGAGAAUUUAGUUGUUUGUAUAUAAAAAUAAUAUUUCUAUUUAAUAGUAUAUGCAAAACCCAUAGCAUCGUUAACUGUUCUAAACAGAAGUAAUGAAAAUAUAAUAGAAAUUAUAUGUAUAUGAAUGUAUCAGGUCUGUAAGUAUGAAACCGGAAUUUGCCUAUAGAUGGCCCUAGCUGAUAAUGUAGUUAUCACUACUGCGUCAUUGAUGCCAAAAGUCUUUGUUGACAUUUCACAAACAUUUUCGACUCAGAACAAUACAAGUUUCAUACAACAGCAUAGUUUGUAAUAACGUUGAACAUGUCAAAUUUUGUGCCUGGAAACUACGAUUUGCGGACAGAAUUGAUUUUCUGUUACCAUUUGAAGAAAACUGCUGCAGAAUCGCAUCGAAUGCUUGUCGAAGCUUACGGUGAGCAUGCUCUUGGUAAAUCACAGUGCUUUGACUGGUUUAAAAAAUUCAGAAGUGGCAAUUUUAACCUGAGGAACGAAGAACGUGGAAGACCACCGAAAAAGUUUCACGACAGCGAAUUGCAGGCAUUGUUGGAUGAGGAUGAUGCUCAAACGCAACAACAACUCGCUGAUCAAUUAAACGUGACACGAGAAGCCGUCUCCAUACGUUUGAAAGCCAUGGGAAAGAUCUAGAAGGUGGGAAAAUGGGUUCCGUAUGAACUGAAUGAAAGACAGCAGGAAAACCGAAAAACCACUUGCGAAAUGUUGCUCGCUAGAUACAAAAGAAAGUCAUUUCUCCACCGAAUUGUGACUGGCGAUGAAAAGUGGAUAUAUUUUGAGAAUCCUAAGCGUAAAAGAUCAUGGGUAGCUCCAGGCGAACCACCGACAUCGACUACAAGAUAAAAUCUAUACACAUACGUACGUUUGGUACGUAAUACGUGUAUGUGUACAUUAUACAUAUACAUAUAUUAUCUAUGUCUAUAUCUAUAAUUAUGUCUUUGAAAAGUUAUAGCUUUUUAUUUUUCAAGAAAAUAAUAAUUUAUUGAACUAACUUUUAAACAUUAUAUAUACACAUUCUUAUAGAGUAUUUUAUAUAUUUUUGUUAUAAUAUUCUAUGUUUUUAAGAUUCUUUAUUUUUUCAAACUCCUUAAAUUUAAUUUUUGUUCUAUAUUAACAAGUUUGGCUGUGUCAUAUAAAAGACAACAAAACUGUGACGAAAACUGACAAAAAUGUUUUGACAAAAAUUAAAAGCAUUCCAUUUUUUUUUUUACUUCCAAUACAUUGGUUAUUCUUCAUUUUUUUUAAUUAUUUGUGUUAGGGUAUUAAACACCCUAGGGUAACAUGCUAUCCACGAGUGAUUGCAAGCUAUUGUUUGUGUUUUGUAUGUGAUAAAUACUUUGUUGUUUACCUUUUUUUCUAUUAUAACAUGCUUUCAAUUUUGUUAUUGACUUGUCAAUUUAAAUUGUUAACAUAAUCUAACUAUAUAUAAUUUAAGAAUAUUAUAAUAUGUCCUAUAUGUUUUAAUUGUUUUUAGUUAACAGAAGAAAGGUAAAUUUAUUUCUUGUAGUGUAUACUACGAAUUUAUUUUGUCUUAGAUAAUUAUUUCUUUACUUCAGUAUUCAAUUAGAUUAGAUAUAUAUGCGAUAUAUUAGUAAAACAUGAUAUUAUAUAUUUAUGCAUAUAUAUAUACAAAUAUAUAUUUGCGAAUAUUGCUUUAUGAAGAAUAUUUUUGUUUUGUUAAUGUAGUAAGUUACAAUAUUAUAACUUAAUGUUAAGUUGCGGUAAAAUAUUAUUUUUGAUAAUAAUAACUUGAUGAAAGGUGCCAAUAAAUACUAACGUUUCCAUAAAUGUAAGGAUUCUUAUUUCAAAAACCUCCUGUGUUAAUAUCAAUAUAGUAUGAUAUAUUAAUAAUAAAUAUAUUUCAAAAUUUGUGUUUUAUUUGAUGAAUAUUUAAUACGACUACAUAUAUUUAAUAAUUCCAGAACGUAUAAAUGGAUAAAAUGUCUUAUUUGUUCUUACAUGUGUUGUUACGUUUAGCUUUUAUUGAUUGCUAUGAAUAACGCGUACUUGUAUAAUGAAUCGCGUGUGUUAGAAAGCGCACGCGUUAUGCCAAUAAUCAUCGAUCAUUACGCUUAUCACGCGUCCAUGAUUUACGAAAAUCAACUUUUGUAAUCCUUAUGUGACGUAAUAUGAGUCGUAUUUAUUUCAUAUAAAUAUAUAGAUAUUUUAUAUAUUAUUUAUAUCAUAUUUUUUAUCAACCGUAAAAUAUUCAAUUAAUAAAUUAAUUUUUAAAAACUAUUAUUAGUUAAUAACUAGUAUUAGUAAUUUUUAAUAAUUAGCAUUAAAUUAGUAUCUAAUUUUUAAUUUAAUUUAUUAUGAUUAUAAUUUAAAUGACAGUAAGCUAUAACUAUUUUUAUAAUGCUAACCUUAGUUAAUCCAUGAGAUUUAUCAAUUAAAAAUUACUUUAUAGUGCAAUAUAUAUUUAUAGUUCAACAUCAGAUGAUUUAAUGGAUGCAUAUCUAAAUUUAUUCUAAUUGCACUGUUAGCUUCUAUUAAAUUCUCAACAAAUUUACUUCUUAAAAGUUCUCUGAUUUACGAUAUAUUUUGUCUUAAAAUUGGAACCCGUUCUAAAAAUUGCACUAAUUCUUUUUCUAACUUUGUCAGUUAUUAAUAUAUCGAUAACAUUUAAUAAUUGUACGAGAUCAAUUAAUAGAAAUUACUUGACGAAUUAUAUACAAUCUUUAUAUAUAUAUAUAUAUAUAGAUAUAGAUAUCUUAUUCUUAAUAAAAUUGUUACAAUUUCAUAAAUAAUACAUAAUGUAUCAUGAAUAUACAUACGAAAUAAAUUACAUAUCUUGGAGAAAAUACAAAAUAUAUGCAUAAUAUAUAAAAUAAAUAUAAA